AUGGCUGCCUCUUCCGCCCCUCGUCUCCCUCGGCCAGUAUCCACCCUGCCACUGCUUGUAACUCUGGUACUGUUUCUUAUGUCACCCUCACCGUCAUCUGCCUCCGCCCCGACCAACACCUCUCUCCCCACAGGGGACGCCCCCCUCACGUCCAUUAGGGCUCUCUGCCGCUCCACCCCGCAUCCAGAUGCUUGUUUCGACUCCCUCAAGGUAUCUAUCAAGACCGACGCCGUCCCCUCCAUCCUCUCUCUCGUCUCUCUUUUCAUCCGGUUCACCAUCGCCGAAGCCGCCAAGAUCUCUGCCGUCAUCACCUCCUCCCAAGGCAUCUCAGAGGGGCUUCGAGGGUCACUUCAGGACUGUGAAGAGCUCCACCAGAUCACCCUCUCCUCCUUGAACAAGUGCGCCGCCGUCCUCCAGUCCGGCCGGCAGCUCUCCGAUGUCCGCACGCAUCUCAGCGCCGCCCUUACCAACAGCGCCACCUGCCUCGAGGGCCUCUCUGUGGCGUCGGGCCCGGUGAAGCCCAUUCUCGUCGAGUUGCUGACUGCGGCAAACAAGCACAUCAGAAACUCCCUCGGCAUUCUCCCAUCGGAGAUACGGCGACGGACCCCAGGUCACUGGCGGCCCCACGACGAACGGCUAAUUGCGUGGCUCUCCCGCCGCAAGAGCCGGCUUCUACAGAGUGGAGAUGUCGACGAUGGGUACGACCGGGGCUCAAUUCUGUCGGUUGCAGCCGAUGGCAAAGGUAACUUCACGACGCUCGGCGCCGCCAUCAAUUUCGCGCCAAACAACAGCGCGGACCGAACGAUCAUCAUCGUGCGUGCCGGCGUGUACGAGGAGAACGUAGAGGUACCGAGCUACAAGACCAACAUCGUUCUCCUGGGCGAUGGCAGCGGCGUUACCAUAAUCCGCGGUCGCCGGAGCGCCGGCGACGGCUGGACCACCUUCCGGUCCGCCACUGUCGGUGAGUAUCCGCCACCACGGAAACCCACCCUAUUCCCUGCAAGCUUCUACAACUACAGAUCUAUUCGAAUCGGAAUUCAUCCGUAGAACCAUUCACGUGACGGUCCAACUUUCUGGCCUGCGACCUCAUCUUGGUUGACCAAGUCCGUCGGAGGGUUCACCUGUGUGGGCCCGGGCCACGAAUCGAGGUUCGACCAUAGUAAUGGGAAGCCAUGCAUGGCCGGCCUCUCUGUGAGCCGUCUGCGUCUUGGAGGAGGUGGCCGAGUGAUGGCAGAGUGAGUUCCCACCCCUCGGUCCGAGGACCAACGUGCCGAUCGAACUACGUUGAAAUUCUACCGGGCAUGGACAAACGACCCACCUCUUCGUUGAUUGACAGUCAUGUUUUUGAGUUCCCGUCUUCAUCCCGAGUAGAAACCAGGGAGACUAAUCCGUCGGAUUUGUCCAGAUGUUAGAUGCUUGGGGUCUUCCCUUGAUUAUGCUCUGAUUGUCUCGUCGCUGAUUCUCUGCACUGUUCAAUACCCUCUGUCAGCCGUAUCCGGUGAAGGAUUCCUCGCACGGGACAUAGCUUUCGACAACGCAGCGGGGGCAGCGAAGGGCCAGGCAUCGGCCCUCCGAGUGAACGCUGACCUCGCGGCGUUCUACCGCUGCGUCAUGACGGGAUACCAAGACACCCUCUAUGUGCACUCCUUCCGCCAGUUCUACCGGGAGUGCGACAUCUACGGUACCAUCGACUUCAUCUUCGGCAACGCUGCCGUCGUGUUCCAGGCCUGCAAUAUCUUCGCCCGGAUGCCCAUCCCCGGUCAGGCCAACGCCAUCAUCGCCCAAGGCCGCGACGACCCCAACCAGAACACCGGCAUCUCCAUUCAGAACUGCACCAUCCUCGCCUCGAAAGAACUCCCGUCGGGCCUGGGGAGCACCCAGACCUACCUCGGCCGGCCGUGGAAGCUUUACUCGAGGACGGUGUACGUGAAGUCCUACAUCGACCGCUUGAUAGACCCGGCCGGGUGGUCGGAGUGGGUGGGGGAUCAGGGACUGAGGACGCUCUACUUCGGCGAGUACGCGAACAGCGGGCCGGGGUCGGCGACGGAGGAACGAGUCAAGUGGCCGGGCUACCAUCUCAUGGGCUACGACGAUGCCGUUAGCUUCACCGUCUCCGAGCUCAUCUCAGGCGACGGAUGGCUGGAGUCGACGUCCUUCCCCUUCGACGCUGGGCUGUGA